CUAGUUUUCUCCCUCAAAUCUCCCCUCUCUUAUACCCAGUACCUACCUACCCUUCAUACACAUACCCAUACACAAUAAAAGAAAAAAGUAUCCAAAAUGCCGCGCUUCGACCCCAACUUCACCGACAACGUCAUCAACAGCAUGGGUCCAAAAACGACCCCGCGCUUCCGCCAAUUAAUGACCGGUCUAAUCCGCCACGUCCACGACUACGCGCGCGAGAACGAACUCACCGUCGAUGAAUGGAUGGCUGGCGUGAAGCUCCUCAACUGGGCUGGUCAAAUGAGUGACGAUAAGCGGAAUGAGGGACAGCUUGUUUGUGAUGUUAUCGGACUGGAGUCCCUAGUAGACGAAAUCACCUACACCCUCGCCUCCGAAGCCCCCGACGCCCCCACCGCAACCGCCAUCCUGGGCCCAUUCUUCCGUGCCGACACACCCUACCGCGAGAACGGCGCGAACAUUGUACUGACCCCGCCGCCCAAUGGCGAAGGCGAAAUGGCAUUCAUGCACGGCCAAGUCGUGGACUUUGAGACCAAGAAGCCGCUCGUCGGCGCCACGGUGGAGGUCUGGCAGGCUAGUACGAAUGGGUUGUAUGAGCAGCAGGAUCCCCAGCAAGAGGAGUUUAAUCUCCGUGGGAAGUUCAGGACCGAUGAGCAGGGGAGGUAUAGCUUUUAUUGUUUGAGGCCGACGCCGUAUCCGGUUCCUGAUGAUGGUCCCGCUGGAAAACUGCUCGAGUUGAUGGAUAGACAUCCGUUUAGGCCCGCGCAUAUUCAUAUUAUUGCUACAUACGACGGCUACAAGCCCCUCACGACGCAAAUCUUCGAUUCCAAGGAUAAAUACCUCACUAAUGAUUCGGUGUUUGCUGUUAAGGAUUCACUGAUUGUGGAUUUCGUGCCUCGCAAGGAUGAUCCUCAAGCUGGUCUUGAGUUGAACUAUGAUGUUAAGUUGGUGCGGGCGCCGGCGAACUGAUCUAUUUUACUUUCAUAGUAUAUAUUAUUUUUUUUAUUUAUAUUUUGG